AUGGCUAAAUCCAGUCCCACCGUCGCCGCCCUCUUCUGCUUAUUAUCCCUCUCACUCGCCGAACACGCGCCGCCUGUUGAUGACGCGGUCUCUUCCCGUGCCGCCGUCCACAAGGUUCCAGUCAACCACGGAAAGCAGCUCAACAGAAUCAACGUCCCCACCGUGCCACUGAACAAAAUCACUUUCCGGGCCAUCAACCGCCGGUUUCCGGGUCACGACAGCCGCAAUGUCGAGGAUUUAAAUCGAAUCAAGCAGAUUGUGUCCGAACGGGAGAGAGAAAUCAAUGUUUUGAAGAAAUUGAAGAAAAGUCAGAGACUAGAGAAUGAGGAGGAAGAAACGAAGUUGAAGAAGAAUGGCGUAUUUAUGAGGCGCGUGCGCAAGUUCUUGGACCAAUAUUUCUAG